AACGAUCUUCCCGAGACAGGAAAAGACUGUACUCUAGCUCUGGCAGAGAUAGAGAAAAACACUACAGGGAUAGGAGUCACGAACGAGAAAGCGACGAUGAUCGUCACCGGUACAGACGGGACUACAAAGACAGUCACCACCGCCAGUACAGGGAUUGUUUCCCCCUUUCUGGACGUUACUACAGGGAAUGGGAGGCCGAUCGUCACCGGGAGCAAACCUUCCAGCACCCUCGGGAGCGUGAUCGCGACAGGUGCUCUAACCAUUACUACCGCUACCGGUCAAGAGAGGACAUUGACCAUGAGCGAAGGGGAUAUGGUUACUCCCACCGAGAGGAGUCUCGUGGCAGUCGGAGGUGGUUGCAGGAUAGUAAAGACUCCUGGACAAUUAAGGAUAAGAGUAAUGGCAAAGAGAGAGAAAAUUACUCCUCAAAGGAAGGAAAUUUCUCACCUUCUACAGCACCAGAAACAAACAAGUUCAAGGGCUCGCCUUUCCUCUCCAGACAAAGAGGUUCAAAAUCGCAAGAGGACUCUCGGCAAAGACAGGGACGACAGCUCUGAGGCCCGCCACACUAAAAAACACAAAAAGAGUAAGAAAAAGAAGAAAUCAAAGGAUAAAGACAGACACCGUGAGAGUGGAAGUUCUGACGGAGAUUCAGACAGAGCUGCGGAAAUGAAGAAGAAAAAGAAAAAGAAGAGACAUCGGGACAGCGAUCCCAAACUGCACAGCCCAGUGCUCUGAGCCAGGGCCGUGCAGAGAGGUUUAAAGGGGCGGGUGCUUAAAGCUAAAAAGGGGCA